AUGUUCAACUGUAUCACGUGCGGAAAAGUGUAUACACAUAAGCGUGAUCUAAACAGGCAUUCAAAAAUCCACGACGGUUCAACAAUUUCAUGCGGGAUAUGUGCGAAGGUUUUUACGCAGCAGAGCAGUCUAACGCGACACACCAAGAAUGCCCACAAGGCCGCCCGCCUGCAUACCAACGACGGCCGCAAUGCGGUUCGAAUAGGCAGCGCAAUGGAUCGUCCGACGGUUAUAGACUGGGCGCCCGCACUCGCAACCGUUAUACCGCCCGCCCAGCCAGCAGCAGCAGCAGCAGCUGUUGCUGUCCCGUCUCCGGCGGCCGCCGCUAUCACGAAUCGGCGCGCGCACGCAGCUGGCCCGUCUCACGCCUCCACGAUCCCCCGGGUUGCCUCCACGACACGUCCGGCCGUCGCGCCGGUUAUCACUGGUAUCUCGGGCGCGUCUAAUCGGACAUUUGACCGUGAUAACGCGUGCUCGCCGCCUACUACACUAUCGCAUCAAUAUACGGAGAACAGUGGCAGAAACAUUAAGCGUAAAAAGGCUCGUAUGCAAUCUGUUAUUACUCCAGGCUUUGUCGAAUUAAAAUCUACGUUCAAACGCGCGACCGUGUGGUACUUCAGGAAAAAUAUUGAACACGUUAGGAGUUAUCGCGCAUUUCUCCAUUCGAUUGAGUCGGAAUUAAUAGCGAAAUUACGUGAAUGUGUGCUAAGUCAUCCGAUUAAAUAUAACCUCAAGUUAGAGGCCACCUACGCAAUACCUAACGUGGAAAACAGCAACGAAAACCGUGCUUUCAAGUCAUCGGCCCGAGAGUUGUACUCGUACAGCGACGUCGAGGGUGUGGUAGAUCGCGAUUUUACGGCACUUCUCGCCGAGGAGGACGGUUACGCGGGCAAGAACAGCGGCUUUGCCCUAUCGUGCAUUGACGGGAUGCUUUUGGGGGUUUACGAGUACUCGCCCAUGGGUGGCUCGUCAUACUUGCCACUCCCGCCGAGCAUCGCAGAUCGAAAGGCCGUAAUAAACCCUCAAAACACAGAUUUACAAUGCUUUAAGUGGGCGAUUUUGGCAAAGCAUGUGCCUCGUGUUAACAGUUUCAGAAUAGGCGCGAAUUAUUUCCGUGAAGAGAACCGUUACGACUUCUCCACGUUAUCCGUCCCCACACCCGUAUCGGAGAUACCAUUAUUCGAGCGAGCGAAUCCCGGUACGUCGAUCAACGUUUACGGCGUGAGAAAAUGCGGAAAUAAUAAAAAAAAAAAUAAAAAAUCUACGACGGAAUCGGCGGCGUACCCCCUGCGGGUGGUCGAUGACGAACUGCCGGAUCAUUUUGACUUACUAUUGAUCACCGGUUCGGGGGAAAAAAGUCACUACACCUAUGUGUCAAAUUUUUCGAGACUCGCUAGUAUGCAGAAAAAUAGUCGCGAACAUCGAUUAUUUUUCUGCAAAAAGUGUUUCACCAGUUUCGACGACCAGCCUUUGCGAUAUAAAUUGCACGGCGAGGAGGCGUUGGCACGUCAUCGUUUGGCCUGUGGCACCCACAAACCCAUAUUACCUAUAUUGCCGCCGGAAGGGAGCACGCUCGAGUUCACCGCGCUGUGUAAAACGCAACGCCUGCCGUUCGUUAUGUACGCCGACUUUGAGGCCCUUCUCGUGAAAUCCACGCAGCGAUACGGUGUCAAUACCGAAGCGUUGCACACUCAUCAGCCCAUGAGCUAUGGGUUUAUGGUUGUCGCUGCGGACGGUGUACCGGCAGAGCUGAUGGAGCAGUUCGGCAUCCCGCGGACUCCGAUCAUUUUUCGCGGCUCAGAGACCGUGGACGAUGUAGCCAAGCGAUUCGUCAUAGCUGUCAUAGAUAUGGCCGAAAAAAUAUCUAAACUGCUGAAGACGACCAACGUGCCGAUCGCGAUGAGCGUCGAGGAUGUGCGCGCGCACGGAAUGAAGACCGUGUGCGAUUUGUGUGCGAAAACUUUCACCGACGGAAAUUGCAAAGUCGCACAUCACGACCACUUGUCGGGCCGUUUUCUCAAGACUCUGUGUAACACGUGCAAUCUCAAAUUAAAAACGCCAAAGUUCGUGCCUUGCUAUUUACAUAAUCUAUCGAAUUACGACGCUCAUUUUUUCGUCACGCAUCUGGGACUUGACGCCAACGCGAUAUCGGUGAUACCCAAUAGCGAGGAACGAUAUAUAUCGUUUUCAAAAUACAUAAACAACGAGUUCGCCGUCAGGUUUAUCGACACGUGCAGGUUCAUGGCUUCGAGUUUGGCUGACUUGGCGAAGAACCUCUCGACUGCGGACUUUGCCAAGUUUCGCGAAGUCGCGAAAGUGUUUGCGUCGACGGAGAUGCCGCUGGUCACGCGUAAAGGCGUGUACCCAUACGAGUACACGGACAGCUGGAGUAAAUUGAGCGAGACGAGGUUGCCGGCCAGGGAGGAGUUUUACAGCGCGUUGACCGAGACGCACGUUAGCGACGGAGAUUACGCGCACGCAAAGCUUGUAUGGAAUCAUUUCGACUGCCACACUCUCGGCGAUUACAGUGAUCUAUACCUGAAAAUCGAUGUGUUACUCAGCGCCGACAUUUUCGAGAAUUUCCGCGAUAUAUGCAUGUCGACGUACCAGCUGGACCCGGCGUAUUAUUUCACGGCCCCCGGAUACAGCUUCGAUGCUAUGCUAAAGUUUACCUCCAUCAGGCUACAACUGCUUACUGAUUACGAAUCUAUAUUAUUUUUCGAACGAGGUACGCGUGGCGGGCUGACGCAAGUCAGCAAGCGUUACGCCAAGGCGAACAACCCGAAGACGCCUGGGUACGAAGCCGACGAACCGAACACAUGGCUCGUCUAUCAAGAUGCUAAUAAUUUAUACGGGUGGAGUAUGUCUCAAAACAUUCCUUACGGGGGGUUUUCGUGGUACGCUGGAAAUCCGGACGUGGCAUUAGCUCAACUCGAGUAUAUGGAUGAGGCGGAUGACGUGGGGAGAGUCUACGAAGUCGACAUCUCGUAUCCGCAAAGUCUGCACGACGAGCACAAUGAUAUGCCGUUCCUACCACACGCAAGCAUUCCACGCGGGUCUAAAGUUCGGAAAUUAAUGGUCACAUUCGAACGCAAGGAAAACUACGUCAUACAUUAUAUGAAUUUGAAACAGGCCAUUGCAAACGGAUUGAUAGUCGAAAAGGUGCAUCGAGUGCUACAAUUUCGACAAUCUCGAUGGCUUGCGCCGUAUAUCGCGUUGAACACGGGGAUGCGUGCACGGGCUGCUAAUAAAUUCGAGGAGCAAUUUUUCAAAGACAUGAACAACAGUGUAUUCGGUAAGACAAUGGAAUCAAUGAGAAAACGUAUUAACGUAGAACUCGUGUCAUGCCCCGUCAGGAUGCGAAAACUGAUUAACCGCCCGACGUUCAAACAAUGCACCAAUUAUUGCGAAAAUCUCGCGGCAGUGACUAUGCACAAUAAAGAAAUCAAUUUCUGUAAACCUAUUUACAUAGGGUUUGUCAUACUCGAGCGGAGCAAGGAGUUGAUGUACGAAUAUCAUUACAACGUGAUGAAACGUCAUUACGGUGACAAUAUCAGCCUGCUGUACACCGAUACUGAUUCUCUGAUAUAUCACGUUAAAACACGCGAUUUUUACGACGAUGUGGCGAAUAAUCCGAACUUGCUGAAUCGCAUGGACACAUCUAAUCUACCACCUGAUCACAGAUGUUACACUUUGGCACGUAUGAAAUUACCUGGAUACUUUAAGGACGAGAUUUCAGCCCGAAAUAUGCGUCAGUUUAUCGGAUUACGCGCCAAGUCGUAUGCCUACGAUAUCGAGGGUGCCGUAAAUAUCAGGUCCAAGGGAGUCCGGGGACAUGUUAUUAGAAAUCACCUGACUUUCAACGAUCACAUGCGCUGUUUAUUCGCCGACGACGACGACGACGACGACGGUUCGGACGCGGAAGAUUAUCGCGAUAAGGAGUUCGACGCGUCGACGGGGAGGCUGAUAGCUCGAGAUUGCGCGCGUAUUGUCAUUAAGCGUAUACACCGAAACGCCGUGAUUGCAGCGAUUCCACCGACAACUACACAACACCCGCCGUCUACACCACCACCACCACCACCACCACCCCAACCUCUACCAACACAACAACAAUCAUAUAUGCCGUAUACGGCGUAUAGAGAGAAUAUAUCGAUCCGUUCGUAUAAACACCAAGUCAGCACGAUUAGGACUAGUAAAUUAGUCCUAAACAGAUUCGACGACAAACGAUAUAUUCUCCCUAACCGUAUUGAUACUCUCGCACAUGGGCAUUAUAGAAUUGAUUGA